AUUCGUGCCAUAACAUUGGCUCAUCACCAUUUUCCAACCGGCUCCAAGCAUCGUGCGACCGAUCAUCUAGAGCCAAGGCAUUCCCGCUCCAGCGUUCUGAUCGUGUUAGAAUGGCCAAUAUUGCAAAACUGUUUACCGUGCGUGCACAAACCUUGGUCCAGGCUGCCGCCCGUCAGCCACAAGUGGCCGCCCGUUUCAGCAGCACCUCCAGCAACUAUGAAUUCAUUAAAACCGAAGUGACUGGAGAGAAGAAAAAUGUGGCUGUUAUCACAUUGAACCGUCCCAAGGCAUUGAAUGCACUGUGCAAUGGCCUGAUGCAGGAGCUGUCCACCGCUCUGAAGGGCUUUGGCAAGGACGCGAAUAUUGCCGCCAUUGUGCUGACUGGCAGCGAGAAGGCUUUUGCCGCUGGCGCAGACAUCAAGGAGAUGGCACCCAACACAUACUCGCAGUGCAUUCAGGGCAACUUCCUUAACGACUGGACAGAGGUGGCUCGCACCCAGAAGCCCAUCAUUGCUGCGGUCAAUGGUUAUGCGCUCGGGGGCGGCUGUGAGCUGGCAAUGAUGUGCGACAUUAUCUAUGCCGGCGAGAAGGCCAAGUUCGGUCAGCCAGAAAUUGCGCUGGGCACCAUACCCGGUGCAGGCGGCACUCAGCGUUUGACCCGUGUGGUCGGCAAGUCCAAGGCCAUGGAGAUGUGCCUGACUGGCAACAUGAUCAAUGCCCAGGAGGCGGAGAAGGUUGGCCUGGUCAGCAAGGUCAUUCCAGCCGAUCAACUGCUGGGCGAGGCGAUUAAACUGGGCGAGAAAAUUGGCACCCACUCUAAUUUGAUUGUGCAGCUGUGCAAGGAGGCGGUCAAUACCGCAUAUGAGACAACCCUGCAGGAGGGUCUCAAGUUUGAGCGUCGCACCUUCCAUGCCACAUUCUCUACGGCUGAUCGCAAAGAGGGCAUGCAGGCCUUUGUGGAGAAACGCCCGGCCAAAUUUACCAGCGAAUAGAUCAGAAUAAUCAAGAAUAAUCCAAUUGAAAGCCAGCAAUGCAUUUAUAAAAUCAAACCCCGUUGUUUAUACGCAAUUAAAAUACGUUGAAUAAUCUGUAA